UGGCCCCAGCGGCCCGCGGGAUUACAGAUGCACUCGGGAUUUCCCGCGCGCCCUCGCGGCAGCGGGGCAGAGGUUAGUGCUGGGGCACGCGGCUCCGUGAUUGGCCGGCAGCACCCUCGGGGCCGGCUUCCGGCGCGCGGAGGCGGGGCAUGCAGAGGAGGGCGGGGCGAGGCAGGGUGCCCGCCGGCCCUGAAGCGCUUCGUGGAGUGGGCCAUGGCGUGUGGCUUCCGCAGGUCUAUCGCUUGUCAGCUUUCCAGAGUGUUGGAUCUUCCUCCAGAAAAUUUGAUCAAAUCAAUAUCUGCAGUUCCAAUUUCAAAAAAAGAAGAAGUAGCUGAUUUUCAGCUUUCUGUGGAUUCUCUAUUGGAAAACAACAAUGGCCAUUCGAGACCAGAUAUGCAAGUUCAAGCCACGAGACUGGCAGAGAAGCUAAAAUGUGAUACAGUGGUGAGUGAAAUCAGUACUGGUCAAGGGACUGUAAAUUUCAAAAUAAACAGAGAACUAUUGACAAAGACAGUGCUACAACAAGUAAUUGAAGAUGGCCCAAAAUACGGAUUAAAAAGUGAACUUUUCUCUGAUCUUCCCCAGAAGAAGAUUGUGGUUGAGUUCAGUUCACCUAAUGUUGCCAAAAAAUUUCACGUUGGACAUUUGCGUUCUACCAUCAUAGGAAAUUUUAUAGCAAAUCUCAAAGAAGCUUUAGGACAUCAAGUAACAAGAAUAAAUUACCUUGGAGAUUGGGGCAUGCAGUUUGGUCUUCUGGGAACUGGCUUCCAACUGUUUGGCUAUGAAGAAAAACUCCAGUCCAAUCCUUUACAGCAUCUCUUUGAAGUUUAUGUACAAGUUAAUAAAGAAGCAGCAGAUGAUAAAAGUGUAGCAAAAUCAGCACGUGAGUUCUUCCAGCGAUUGGAACUGGGUGACAUGCAAGCACUUGCACUCUGGCAGAAGUUUCGGGACUUGAGCAUAGAAGAGUAUGUUCGGAUUUACAAGCGUCUAGGAGUACACUUUGAUGAAUACUCAGGGGAAUCAUUUUAUCGUGAAAAAUCUCAAGAAGUCUUAAAAUUGCUGGACAGUAAAGGACUCCUACAGAAAACAAUAAAAGGAACAGCUGUAGUGGAUCUUUCUGGGAAUGGUGACCCCUCCUCGAUUUGUACUGUAAUGCGAAGCGAUGGGACUUCUCUCUAUGCAACCAGAGAUCUUGCAGCUGCUAUAGAUCGAAUGGACAAGUAUCAUUUUGAUAGAAUGAUUUAUGUGACAGAUAAAGGGCAAAAAAAGCAUUUUCAGCAAGUAUUCCAGCUGCUGCAGAUCAUGGGAUAUGAUUGGGCAGAAAGGUGCCAGCACGUGCCCUUUGGAGUAGUACAAGGAAUGAAGACUCGAAGAGGAGAUGUUACUUUUCUGGAAGAUGUUUUAAAUGAGAUCCAAUUAAGGAUGCUACAGAACAUGGCUUCUAUUAAGACAACCAAAGAACUCGAGAACCCACAGGAGACGGCAGAGAGGGUCGGGCUGGCAGCGCUCAUCAUUCAGGACUUCAAAGGUUUACUCUUAUCUGACUAUCAGUUCAGCUGGGAUCGUGUUUUCCAGAGUCGUGGGGACACAGGAGUCUUCCUACAGUACACGCACGCCCGCCUCCACAGUUUGGAAGAGACUUUUGGAUGUGGUUAUCUAAAUGACUGCAACACUGCUUGUUUACAAGAGCCACAGUCUGUUUCAAUUCUCCAGCACCUUCUCAGGUUCGACGAGGUGCUUUAUAGGUCAUCUCAGGACCUUCAACCCAGGCACAUUGUCAGUUACCUUCUGACUCUAAGUCAUCUUGCAGCUGUGGCACACAAAACACUGCACGUAAAAGACAGUCCUCCUGAAGUGGCCGGGGCCAGACUUCAUCUUUUCAGAGCUGUCCGUUCUGUCCUAGCCAACGGAAUGAAACUUCUUGGAAUAACACCUGUAACUCUUACUAUGUGAACUCAGGAACUGAGGACAUUUGAAUAGCAAGGAAUUACUUGUACAGGUAUUGUAUUAGAAUCUUUUUAUAAAAAUUAGUCCAUUAGUUAAACCAUAAUUUUAAAUGGAGUUUCUUAAACUGUUUCCUUCAUGUAUCUACCAUAUGGGUCAAGUAUACUUUGUAGGAUUUAUUUAGGUAACGUGAGUAGGCUCUGUUCUGUUUGAUCAGUACAGCUCUCCUCAUCUGCCAGCAUUUCCAUUUACGUUUGCUACAGUUCAUUCCAAACGUUGCUACAAGAUGUCCUCUGAAUACCAAUGAGUGUCUAGUUUUACAAAUAGAGAAGCAAGUUGGCGUGAACCAAAGCUUCUCUAGUUGAAUGAACAUAGCUUUGUAUUGGCAAGUAUGGUAUACUUCUUAGUCCUAGAAAAGACUCAUCCGUGCAGUCUCAAUUUUAAGUGAAUUAGCUUCCAGACUGCUGAUUUUCUACUUAAAAUAUCAUUAAAAUUUCCUUAGCAAACCAGCCGUGUAAUAAAAAUGUACCGUUGGGACAUGUUUUACAUGUUCAGUAUCCCUCUCCACUUCUUUGGAGAAAUGUUCUCCUUCCCAGAGUGUGGGAGCCUCCUCAGUAUUUGAAUCUUGAGUGAAGUGACCUGGGACGGUGAUGAUUAAAGCCAGGUCUUUCCAAAAGCAGCUCCCUGAACAGACUGUUCAUUAAUCCUGACACCCUAGAGCCCUACAACCCUGACUGCAGUCCUCCUGAUCAACUUGUUUUUGCUUACGGCUGGCUGGAGGUGGUUUACAGCUAUCAUUUGCAACCAAAGAACUCAAACUGAUACAAUUCCAACACAGGAAGAAUUAAAAAUUUCAUGUUUUGGGUUUGUCGGUUUGGUUUUGCAUUACCUUAAUGGUCAUAUCUACAGAACAAAAAGUGAUCGAACAGAUUUCAUAUAAAUUAAGUUUAUUGCUGAAUUUCCCUAUUAACAUUCUAUAGAAAUUUUUUUAAAAACACUGAAAUUUCACAAAUUAUUGAGAGCCCAACAGUUAAACAUACUUUAUAAAAAAAAGUACAAAA